AUGUCCGGGAAAAGAACAAAGGCGUCACUUGUCCUGCACGGUGGUGAACGUUUUGAGGGCUACUCCUUCGGUUACGAGAAGAGCGUGGCGGGUGAGGUCGUUUUCGCCACCGGCAUGGUUGGAUACCCGGAGGCCCUCACGGACCCCUCGUUCCAGGGACAAAUCCUCGUUCUGACAUCGCCAAUGGUUGGAAACUACGGUAUCCCCCCUAUUGAGAUCGAUCACUUCGGCAUGACGAAGUACUUCGAAAGCCCGAACGGUAAAAUCCACGUGAGUGCCGUGGUGGUGUCCGAGUACUGCGAGGAUCCAGCACAUUGGCAGAUGCACGAAACACUUGGGCAGUGGCUGCGGCGAAACAAGAUUCCAGGUCUCAUGAUGGUGGAUACACGCCAUAUUGUAUUGAAAUUGCGUGACAUGGGUACUGCGCUGGGUAAAAUUGUCGUCAACGACCUAAACGUCCCCUUUUUGGAUCCCAAUACACGCAACUUGGUGGCUGAAGUCAGCACAAAGACACGCCUUACCUAUGGGCAUGGUACACUUGUCAUCCUUGUCAUUGAUAUGGGUGUAAAGCUCAACUCACUGCGGUGCCUGCUAAAGUACGACGUGACCCUCGUCGUCGUGCCACACGACUGGGAUAUUACGAAGGAAACAUACGAUGGCCUCUUCAUCUCCAAUGGUCCUGGUAACCCACAGAUGUGCACAAAAACCAUUGAAAAUGUUCGAUGGGCUCUGACGCAGGAAAAACCAAUCUUUGGUAUAUGCAUGGGAAAUCAGAUGUUGGCACUUGCUGCCGGAGGCACCACAUACAAGAUGAAGUAUGGCCACCGUGGGCAGAAUCAACCUGCAACGUGCCGUUGUGAUGGUCAUGUCGUCAUUACGACCCAAAAUCAUGGUUUUGCUGUCGACUUUAAAACGAUGCCCCAGGAUGAAUGGGAAGAGUUUUUUUACAACCCCAACGAUGAUAGCAAUGAGGGCUUACGUCAUCGUACAAAGCCAUUUGAGUCUGUGCAGUUCCAUCCUGAGGGACGUUGUGGUCCACAGGAUACCGAGUAUCUCUUUGGCGACUUCGUUGCACGUGUGAAGGAGGCUAAAGUGAAGGAAGCCUCCAAGUCUCAACCGAGAAAGGUGCUUGUACUGGGUGCGGGUGGUAUUGUCAUUGCACAGGCUGGCGAGUUUGACUACAGUGGCUCGCAGUGUCUCAAGGCAUUGAGUGAAGAAAACAUAGAGACAGUGCUUGUGAAUCCCAACAUUGCGACGGUGCAAACCGACGAUGAAAUGGCAGACAACAUUUAUUUUGUACCAGUUACACCAGAAGCUGUGGAACGUGUCAUUGAAAAAGAACGACCUGACGGGAUCAUGCUGGCUUGGGGAGGCCAAACGGCACUAAACUGUGGCUUGGAACUGGACCGACGUGGGGUCCUCAAAAAGUACAAUGUGCAGGUCCUUGGUACACCUGUCGCCACGAUUGCCGUGACAGAAGAUCGAGAGCUGUUCCGUAACGCACUCUUGCAGAUCAACGAACAAGUGGCCAAAUCUGAAGCUGUGACUUCCGUAAGCGAGGCGGUACAGGCAUCAAAGAGUAUUGGGUUUCCUCUAAUGGUGCGGGCGGCCUACUGCCUCGGUGGACAAGGCAGCGGUAUUGUACACAAUGAAGAGGAGUUGCGUCAUAGGGUGAAUGUGGCCCUCGCGGCCUCGCCGCAGGUGCUGCUGGAGGAGAGUGUGGCUGGAUGGAAGGAAAUUGAGUAUGAGGUGGUGCGCGACAUCUACGACAACUGUAUCACGGUUUGCAACAUGGAGAACUUUGAUCCAAUGGGUAUCCAUACCGGUGAGUCCAUCGUUGUUGCUCCAUCGCAGACUCUGACCAACGACGAGUACCACAUGCUGCGCAGUGCGUCCAUUAAAAUCAUCCGUCACCUUGGCAUCGUGGGUGAGUGCAACAUCCAGUACGGUCUUGACCCCACCUCACACCGUUACGUUGUUAUUGAGGUCAAUGCCCGUCUUUCUCGUUCCUCUGCGUUGGCGUCCAAGGCAACCGGAUACCCUCUCGCGCACGUCGCGGCGAAGAUUGCGCUUGGCAAAGGUCUCUUUGAGAUUGCAAAUGGUGUCACCAAGACGACGAUGGCGUGCUUCGAACCGAGCUUGGAUUACAUUGUUGUAAAGAUGCCACGCUGGGACCUGGCCAAGUUCAACAUGGUGAGUCAGGAAAUCGGCUCCAUGAUGAAGAGCGUGGGCGAGGUAAUGGCUAUUGGCCGAAACUUUGAGGAGGCGUUGCAAAAGGCACUGCGCAUGGUGGACCCGACCCACACUGGCUUUGACGUCCCUCUCAGACUUGAGACGAAGAAGGCGUGGGAUUACAUGCACAAUGUGAGGGUCCCUACACCGGACCGAAUUUUUGCCAUUUGCCGCGCCUUCCACGAGGGGGCUUCAGUUGAGACUAUCCACACGAUGACACGUAUCAAUCCAUUUUUCCUCAAAAAGCUCCAUCAUCUUAUUGUGCUCCAGAACGAAAUGGUGAGAUUAUAUAAAGGAAAAAUGCAGGACAUGCCACAUGAUUUCCUGCUGAACAUGAAGGCGCAUGGCUUCAGUGAUCCCCAGAUUGCCAAGUACAUUGGCUGUACGGCGGACAAAGUACGGGAGCGUCGUAUGGAAUUGAAAAUUACCCCAAAAGUUAAGCAGAUUGACACAGUGGCCGGCGAGAUCCCGGCUGCCCAGUGCUGUUAUCUCUACACCAGCUACAACGCACACAACGAUGAUGUGGACUUCACUGAGCGUAUGUAUGCUGUCCUUGGCUGCGGUGUUUACCGGAUAGGCAACAGUGUGGAGUUUGACUAUGGCGGUGUUCUUGUCGCACGCGAACUGCGUCGUCUGGGAAAGAAGGUGAUUUUGAUCAACUACAACCCUGAAACUGUUUCCACCGACUACGAUGAAUGUGAUCGUCUCUACUUUGAGGAGGUGUCGGAGGAGGCCGUGCUGGACAUUCUGCUAAAGGAGCGGAUCCAAGGCGUGGUCAUCUCACUUGGUGGACAAAUUGUGCAAAACAUGGCGCUUCGUCUGAAGCAGCAUGGCCUGCCAAUCCUUGGAACCGAUCCUGUCAAUGUUGACAAGGCAGAAAACCGUCACAAGUUUUCCAAAAUGUGUGACGAGCUUGGUGUGCCGCAGCCGGAAUGGAUUCUCUCCACAAGUGUGGAGCAGGUGCAUGAGUUUUGCGAACGUGUCGGGUUUCCUACCUUGGUGCGACCGAGUUAUGUGCUGAGCGGGUCCGCGAUGGCUGUGAUUGCGGGUGCGGCCGACAUUGACCGCUACCUUGCCGAGGCCUCCCUCGUCUCUGGGGAGCAUCCUGUUGUUGUCAGCAAGUACUACGAGGGUGCGAUGGAGUACGAUGUGGACAUCGUCGCCCACCAUGGUCGAGUGCUUUGCUACGCCAUUUGCGAGCACGUUGAGAACGCCGGUGUGCACUCGGGUGACGCGACAAUGUUUCUGCCACCGCAGAACACUGACAAGGAAACCAUGAAGCGCAUCUACACAGCCACCACACGCAUCGCGGAGGAGCUUGACGUCGUCGGCCCCAUGAACGUUCAAUUUCUUCUUACGAAGGAUAAGCAGCUGCGCGUGAUUGAGGCAAACAUUCGCAGCUCACGCUCUGUCCCGUUCGUUUCCAAGACUCUCGGCAUCUCAUUUCCCGCCGUGAUGGUGUCGGCCUUUCUCUCGCAACGCGAGUCCGACCUCGUGCCGAUUAAGCGUGCGAAGAUGACGCACAUUGGCUGCAAGGCCUCCAUGUUCUCCUUUAACCGCCUCGCAGGUGCCGACCCCAUCCUUGGGGUGGAGAUGGCCUCCACCGGCGAGGUGGGCGUCUUUGGACGCGACAGGACGGAGGUGUUCCUAAAGGCGAUGCUGUGCCAGAACUUCCGGUACCCGCGGCUUGGGGUCUUCAUCAGCUGCGACGUUGACACCAUGGCGGAGGAGCUCUGCCCCUACAUGGAGCGCCUCGCACAGCGAUUUCCGAUCUUUACCUCGAGGCAAACUGCAAAGGUGCUUCUUGAUUACGGCAUUCCACACACCGUCCUAACACAGCGCCACGAGGAAGAAAACCCAACGUUUGACGCGGAGGUUGCUUCAAAGGGAAAAUUUGACCUUGUCAUUCAGCUGCGUGACAAACGACAAGACUUCAUGCUGCGACGAUGCACGAUGGAGACGGCUACGCCAGACUAUUGGAUUCGAAGACUUGCGGUGGAUUAUAACCACUCUCUCCUGACGGAGCCGAAUCUGGUGCGGAUGUUCUGCGACUCACUUGACAUUAGUCCAAAUGAGAUUGAGAUUGAGCCCUUCCGCCACUACGUUCCACGUAUAUAUCACAAGAUGGGAAAUGACAAUUACACCAUGCUGCACCGCCACAAGGUUGGUCUGUGUAUUACCUCCACAAAUGACAGUAAGGUGCUUGCGAUACGCCUGAAGGAAGAGAAAAUUGCUCUCACAUGCUUCCACGCUUGUCUUGGUGGUAUCUCCGCCCAAAGCGAGGAGCUUGCGGAGCAGUUACGCGGGAUUGGCGUGUCCGUGGAACUCGUAGAUCUACGCUCUGAGAUGGCAGAACUUGGCUUUGACAUGGUGAUGGCUAUGGUUGGCGAGAACACGAACAACUGGCACCUGUCCAUGCUAAGCUUGCAUGUGAUGGGGUUGUAUCUGCUUCGGGCCAUGCGCGGACGCCAAAUGACUGUCGUGGCACAGAGCUCCUCCCGGGGCAGCAAGGACCUGAACUUUGAGAGCUAUGUUCACACCUUCUUCCCUCAAAUGGGCGUCUAUAACCCAUGGCGUGACUCGACUCUGCUGGAAGAGUUCCCCAGCGAUGCACACAAGGUUGCCUUCCUGCGCAGGCACGGGGUGGAGGCCAGGACCGCGCAAUUUGAGUCACACAGCAGUGUGUGCGGCACCACGCAUCGACCACUUUCUACAGUGCCUGCGCCAGCGCCAAGGAUGGUGCGACUACUGCAGGAAUGCCUCACCACGCCAGAGUUCUGCUCCCUCACCUUCCGCAGCGCUCGAUGCACGAAUAUAAAUGGGGCAGAUGUGACCCCGCUGCAGGCGCUACAGGUGGCCAAUGAGAUUGCCGGCCGCAAUGGCAUUGGGUUGGUGCGCACCCGCGAGGGGAACACGUACGAGGCGCCUGGUAUGACACUACUGACGAAGGCCCUCCGAUUCCUGUACGACGUCUGCUUCGACCGCAGCGCUGCAGACAUGUUUUGCUUGUACUCGAGUCACGUGUCCGCGCAGUUGGCGUCGCAAGGACUACUGGAGAGGCACACGCAGUCCGCGUUGGAGGCUAUUCGUUACCUGACGAAGGAAGUGGGCGGUGUUGUGGAGCUGGAGCUGAAUCAGGGCGAGGUCAUCUUCCUGAAGAUGUCGCAGGUGGCGAAGCCAGCAAAGAAGCGUCUGGCGCAGCUCAUGACGGAGGAGGAGCUGGAGGAUGUAUUCCAGCCCGGUAACGGCUCCUUCAGCGAUGUGCAAUGGUGA